GCUCUCGCUUGAAAAAACUGAUCAUCUUAGAACUAACUGCUAGAAGCAAUGGUAUUCAGGGAUUUUUGGUACCAGGAAAUCUAGCUCUUUAUUUUUUCACUUGCCGACAGUGACUGGAUGUAAUUUGAGACGUGAAGCAAUCGGUAUGAUAUGCAUUGCUGUCUUCUCCUGGCAGCACUAGGCUUAAGACGGACACCAACGCUGGACAGGGCACCAGUCUAUUUCAGGACACACUCUUCCAAACAAUAAGGUUAGUCUUCUGCAUCCUAAAGGCCAUGAAGCGAGGGCGUACUGAGCAGAUCCAACACACAGUUAUUCAGUAUCUCAAAAGACGCCAAUAUGUGGACUCGGAAGGUGCCCUAAAGGGUCCCAAACUCUCUCAGACAACAGAGGAGAUGGCAGCAAACUUAACGGUUCAGGCUGAAUCCGGAUGUACCAGUGUUGUUUCUUCUGCACCUUGCCAAGCUGACUCUCAACAGUAUGAGAUCCAGUUUGGUCGAUUAAAAAGUUUUCUCUCUGAUGCAGACAUACAGUGGAGUCAAGAAGUGAUGUCCGUGCUUUAUCCUAUGUUUGUCUAUCUCCAUCUGGAUAUGGUCCACUGUGGCCUUAAAAGUGCUGUAGACAGCUUUUAUAGCCGAUAUCAUGGAAUGUUUCUAAGUGAUGCAGAUCAGAAAGACAUCGUUGACCAGCUAAGAACAACAUUAACAGUCCAGGAUAUUUCAGCUAACCCUAAACUUCGUGCUUUUCUGGAUAACAAAUAUACCAUUCAUCUCUCAGAUAAAGCCUACAAUUAUCUUCUUCGCUACCUCCAGAGUGACAAUAAUAUUGCCCUUUGCAAAAUUCUAGCUUCUUGCAUACAGCUAGAGGUGACAGCUUCUCAAAGAAUUGAUUAUCAACUAUAUGGCUGCAGCACUGUUGGUGCAAUAGGGUCCUCAAGGACAGAAAGCAGCAGCAAUAUAGACACGGGCAAUAUGACUGCAAGCAUUCUACAGAAUGAGGCUGCCCUUGAUUCAUUGCAAGAGUGCAUUAAACGUGUAAAGGAUGGUCCGCCAUCCCUCACAACGAUCUGUUUUUAUGCAUUCCAUAAUACUGACCAACUGCUCAACACUGCUGAGGUUUCGGCCAACAGUAAACUACUUGCAGCUGGCUUUGAUAGCUCAUGUGUCAAAUUAUGGAGUUUACAGGCAAGAAAGCUCAAGGCUGAACCCCAUCAAGUGGAUGUCUCCAGAAUUCAUUUAGCCUGUGACAUUCUUGAAGAUGAGUGUGAUGAUGAAGACGGCACAGGGAGUGAAAUGAAAAUUCUCAGGGGCCACUGUGGACCAGUGUACAGCACUACAUUCCUCACAGACAGCUCUGGACUCAUCUCCUGCUCUGAAGACAGCUCAAUCCGGUAUUGGAACCUGAACACUUUUACUAACACAGCUUUAUAUCAGGGACAUGCAUAUCCAGUAUGGGAUAUUGACAUUAGUCCCUGUAGCCUUUAUUUUGCCAGUGCCUCACAAGACAGGAGUGCGAGACUGUGGACGUUCAGCAGAACCUACCCUUUGCGGAUAUAUGCAGGUCAUUUGGUUGAUGUAGACUGCAUUAAGUUCCAUCCCAACUCUAACUACAUUGCCACUGGGUCAGCUGACAAAACUGUUCGUCUGUGGAGCACCCAACAAGGCAACACAGUAAGACUGUUCACAGGGCAUCAUGGUCCUGUUUUGUCAUUAGCUUUUUCUCCAAAUGGAAAGUACCUGGCAUCUGCUGGGGAAGAUCAGAGGCUAAAACUUUGGGACCUGGCGUCAGGUACACUUUUCAAAGACAUGAGGGGACACACAGAUAGUGUAAUAAGCCUGUCCUUUAGUCCAGACAGCAGCCUAAUUGCUUCAGCCUCCAUGGACAAUUCAGUCAGGGUCUGGGAUAUACGUAAUACAUAUUGCAGUACAUCGGCUGAUGGCUCAUCUGGUGAGCUUGUUGGCAUCUACACAGGACAGACAAGCAGCAUACUCAGUGUACAGUUUAUGGCUUGCAAUUUAUUACUGGUCACUGGAACAGCACAUGAGAACCAGGAACAGUAAUAAUGCAUUGUUGCAUUCUCAACCACUCUUUUGCCUGCUUUAGGUGGAUUGUAUUUGUAUAUCUUGUGUAUGGAGGACUAUUUUGGACAAAAUUAAAUAAAUAAAUAAAUAAAUGCGCAAAUAAAUUAAAGUUCUGUGAAAUGUGAGCAUAAAUAAAUA